AAAUAAAAGUGACUAAUACUAAGCUUUUGGUUUUCGUUCUAUGUGAAAUUAUUUCUAUAUUAAUUCAACAACGUAAAUAUAGGUCCAGUUUAAUUUCAGUAUCGCGUUAGACCUCUAGAAAGACAAACUUCAUAAGAAACAUUAAAAAAGCCAUGGAAGAUCAAGCUAAUAAUAACACCAGCAGUAAUCCAAAACUAUCCGAAACUCCAGUGCUUAAUAUUUCAGGAAAGGUGGAGCCAAGUCAAAAAUCUCCCCGUGCUAUGGGCAAAAAGAAAGCGGAUCCUGCACCUCCUGUAGUUCUCGAUAUUCCAAAAAUCAACCCUACCACCUUUCCAGUGAUAAUGGGAAGAAUCCUGUUAAAAAGUAAUGACCUACCUGCACCUGUUUCAAAAAUGAAUACGUCGGACUUUAGGCAAUAUCUUUGCCUGUUGUGCAUGGAGAAACCAUCUAAAAGAAAGUUAGUCAGUCAUAUGUUCAUCUCCAACGAAAAGGAGUUGGAUAGUGACUUCUUAAAAGUGCGAAAAAUUUAUGAAAAUAGAAAAGACAUCAAGAUUUUGGAGCAAGUAACAGUGUACACCCUCUGUGCAAGAUCAUUGUUUCACCGAGUCCAAAAGAAAUUAACCGAUGUUGAGUGGAACAAGCAACAAAAUAUUUUCGAAACUGACAGAGUUGGAGAACGGGAUGUUUGGAAUAUUACAAGUAGAUUGUAUGAUCUGGAAAACCAAGAAACAGAAAAACUUUUUAAUUAUGCAAAGUUCCUGAGCGCUACGAAUAGCUGAAUACUAAACUAUACUU